AUUAUUAAAGCUACGUUUGUAGAAGUGAAACAACUAUUAGAUACUGAGGGGUGAGGGGACUUUUACAUCCAGGUUGAGGUUACGUAGGUCUGUAAAUUUUUCAAUAAUUUUUGAUUGUCGUAACCGAUAUUUAAAAUGGCUUUUGGUGAUUAUCCUGCAGAGUACAAUCCAAAAAUUCAUGGACCAUACGAUCCUGCCCGUUUUUAUGGAAAGCCUGAUACUCCAUUUGGUCAAGUAAAAGUUGGAGAGAUUGGUGCAUGGUUAGCUCGUCGUAAUAAAUCGCCAUCAGCUCUGGCUGGAGCCAUUAGUAGAGCAUACUGGAGAUGGCAGCAUAAGUAUGUCCAGCCUAAAAGAUCUGGAAUUGCUCCAUUUUUACAUGUUGUAGUUGGAUCUAUGAUCUUCUUCUACUCAAUCAAUUAUACUAAAUUAAGUCACCACAGGAACUACAAAUACCAUUAAAUAUUUGGAACAACUUUAUACGUAGUAUUUUUCAUUAUAUAUAUACACUGUUAUUCCCAAUGUAUCAUGUAAUAUGAAUUUUCAAACAAACUAAUUUAUGUCAAAUUUCAAUAAAGUCCUUCAAGUAAUGUAAAA